UCAAGCGACUACUCUCUCCGCUCUUCCUUCAGUUGCGUUCCGCGCUUCGUACGAGUUAGUGUAUUUUUCGUCAUUCUCUUAUUCGCUCUCUCUCUCUCUCUCUCUCUCCCCCCCCUCCUCUCUCUUUCUUUAUAACAUAAUAUCAAACUAUUUAUAUUUUUUACAUUUAUAGAUCGGACGUAUUCCCUCGUCGUUUCAACGAUCAGUUUCGUUUCUUCGUCGAUUUAUUAUUAAACGUUUCUAUUUGCAAAAACGCGAAAAUGGAAUUUGGUGAUUGAUCGUUUCAGUAUCUUAUCUUCGACUAAAAUAGCAUUCUUUAGAUACAAAGAUAUUGAAAAAUAAAUCCCCUGAGAGGAAUGAUGAGACUAUCUGGAAAGAAAGAGACAGAGAGAGAGAGAGAGAGAGAGAGAGAGAGAGACAAUUUUCUAAAGUAAAAGAGAUGUUAUUAACGCGUCACUGAUGAUUUAUUAAAUAGAACCAGAUCGUUUAUUAGAUAAAAACUUUUGAUAGGAAGACGGAGAAGGAGUCACUUUGAACACCGUUUUGCUCUCUGAACGAGAAAACUAUCUCUGUUCGCCUUUCAGCGUCUCACGUGGAGGCUAGAUUUCCGUUUUAAUUCGAUUUUCGGUCCUAAGUUACGUUUAAAGUGGUUAGAAAUUUUCUGAGACAGAUUAAAGAGAAAAUGUCGAUACGUAUCUUUCCAUCGAUCCGUUUCCUUUUAAUUCCAAGUCUAAAUUAGAAUCCUGAUUUGAAACCUAGCUAUCAAAGCACUUCAAAGAAGAUUAUGUAAAUGAUUGUGAUAAAAACUAUUGCAUAAUUUCGUGCGAGGACGACUCGUCUUUGUUGUCCUCUACUCCGUUAUUAUUUUUAUUUCUUUUUCUAUCGUCAAAAAAGGAAAAAAAAAAAAAAAGAAAAGAAGAAAAAGAAGGUCGGACUUCCGAGAUUGGAUAUCAAUUGCACCGAUUAUCUCUGAAAUGAUUAUGUACUUUUAUUAAAUAGCUCGCGUACGUAAAUUAUUACGAUUCAUUCUAUAUUUUCAAAAAUAUGAUUAGACAUAAAAGCGCAUUCUAUCCAUUUAUUUGUAAAUUCAUAUUAUACGAUUUUGCUUUAAAUUACCCCGUUAUUAAUUAUUACAAAUAAUAUUAUAAUAUUAUAAAAUUCCAAAGAUAAAGAAGAAAAAAAGAAUCAAGAUCAGCGCAAAAAGAAUAAGCGUGGAUUUAAGUUAUAUUAUACAUCAAUAAAGUCGGAACGUAUUAGAUUAAUGUUGAAAAUCCUUGCUAAUCGAAUCGAACACGUAUCGUGGAUACGCUGAUCAAUACCUUCAAAGUACUAUAACUCGAUGCGAAAAUCUCUAUUUUCAUAAUCGAUUUCUCCUUCGCUCGUUUCCAUCAUUUAUAUUUACAUAGACAAAGAGAUAAUUUUUGCUAUUUCUUUGUAUAAUGCUAAUCGUGAGAGGAAAAAAAAACAAGAAAUAUUUAUCAACUAGCGAGAUACUCUGAAGCAAAAAUAGAAAAGAAAACAAAAAAAAGAAAAAACAUCGAAAAAAAAUAAAAAGCUGAUCGUUGUACUCGAAUAUUCAUCUGGAAAGAGUUUGGAAGGAAUCGAACGAUUCACAUGGAUGAAAUCACAUCCGGUAUCCCGUCGAUUCGUUUUUCUCUAGGGCGACUAUAGAUUUAUCCCUCGUUUUUUUUUUUUUCACAUCUCUCCUUCUUCCUCGUUCUCUUCCCCUUUCAACUUCGUGGCGCGGUACAAUCGAUUCUCGAAAAAGUUUGAGAAAAACAGGUGCCGAGGAUAUUAUCCGAUAGAUGAGCUAAGGGACUUGUGGUUUGAGAGCCGAAGAUUAACGAGAGAAAAUCGAGCCACCCUUCUCGAACAUCUUCUCCCUCAUUCUUUUUUUUAAUAUCGUUUCUUAUUCCCUUCUUUGGCUUCUUGCGAGUCUUAAAUUUCUAUGUUAACCGGAUAAAUGCUCUUUGUUGAAAUUAUUUAAGAAAGCUACAAUGCGUGUCUCUCUCUCUCUCUCUCUCUCUCUCUCUCUCUCUCUCUCUCCCUUCCAAUGGCACGAUCGAUUGCUAUCGCGACAAAGAGAAUGCAUCCUUUUGGUCUCUCCUUUCGCAUUAAAUUCGAAACGUUGCUCGACGAAUGCUACUAGUUUAAUUAAUCCUCCUUUCAUAUCGCAACCUGUUGAUCUCCUUUUAUAUAUAUAUAUAUGCCUUUUUUUUAUUUUUCUACCCUCGACAUGCCACCUGGGAAACUUCUUCUACAUUGCUACGAGUGACGUCGAUCUCUUUUCUUGAUAUGUCACUUGAGACGCGUUUAUAUUUAUAGUUAUAACAUUUCUACCUUCGAGAAAAAACUGAAAGGAUAGAGGAGAAUCCGUGUUUCAUAUCUAUCCGAUUUUCCUCAUUUCAAACUCGGAACUUUACGAAGGGAAAUAUCGAAAGGGAGAAAGAGAGAUAAAGAAAGGAAUAUCGCAAACAAAUGGAUCGUGCAAUUUCGUGUAUGUAUGUAUAUGAUGUAGAUUUCCGAUCCAACAAACAAUGUAGAAAAUAUAUUUGAAAAGAGGUGUAUAAACGUGCGCGUGCGUGUGUGUGUGGGUGGGUGUAUGUAUGUAUCCGUGUAUGUGUGUAUAUGGUUUGUUCAUCUCGUUUAAAAGAUGCUUUACAAGAGAAGGAUUUGUUGGUAAAAAGAGGAAAGUAAGGUGCCGCGAACUUUAGUAUUUAAAUCUCAUGGAAAUGAAGAGAAAAGAAGAGUGAUCGAGAAAGUAAUCUCAUGAAAAUGCUGCGAGAUCUUUAUCCAAUGAUAAAUGUUAAGGAACGAAAUCGUUGAAGGUUCAUUAUUGAGAAAGAGAACGAAAUAAAGGAGGAGGAGUUGAAGAUCUCACAAAAUGUCGUCCGACGUCGUUCAGAACAGAGAACAAAGAAGUAAUCGAAAUCAAAGCUAUGACGUUGAUGUAACUGUUGGGAAAAACGCAACCGAUGGCAUAUUUCUAAUACCAGAGUAUUUCAACGUCACUUCUCUGGACAUUAACGCGACCGAGGAAAUUGACUCUUUCUAUUUCUAUGAGACCGAACAAUUCACAGUUUUGUGGUUAUUAUUCGUUGUGAUCGUUGCUGGUAACACUGCAGUUCUUGCUGGUCUUUUGCUCGGAAAACGUCGAAAAUCUCGGAUGGACUUCUUCAUCAAGCAACUGGCGUUCGCAGAUCUUUUGGUCGGUUUGAUAUCAGUUCUGACGGAUAUAAUUUGGAGAACUACGGUGACCUGGCAUGCUGGUAACAUUGCCUGCAAACUCAUCAGGUUUAUGCAAGCCGUCGUCACCUAUAGUUCUACGUACGUAUUGGUUGCACUAUCGAUCGACAGAUACGACGCUAUUACACGACCGAUGAACUUUUCAGGAAGUUGGUGGAGAGCUCGAGUAUUGGUAGUGGUUGCUUGGAGUCUCUCAGCACUUUUCAGCAUUCCCAUCAUCUUUCUCUACGAGGAAAAACGUAUACAAGGAAUGAAGCAAUGCUGGAUAGACUUGGGAUCUUCGAUUCAAUGGAGGAUUUACAUGAGUUUGGUGAGCUUUACCCUGUUCAUAGCUCCCACCCUUAUAAUAGGAGGCUGUUAUAUGGUCAUCGUAGCAACGAUAUGGUCACAAGGAAGCGCAUUACGUCAAGGUCCUACUAGGGAUACUAGAAGAGCUUCGUCUAGGGGUCUUAUACCAAGAGCCAAGAUCAAAACCGUUAAGAUGACCUUUGUCAUAGUAUUCGUAUUCAUCCUUUGUUGGAGUCCAUACAUAAUCUUCGAUCUCCUUCAAGUUUACGGACACGUGCCGAAAACGCAGACGAACAUCGCAGUAGCAACUUUUAUACAAAGUUUAGCGCCAUUGAAUUCUGCUGCCAAUCCCAUAAUUUAUUGCCUUUUCAGCACGCCAUUCUGCAAAAAUGUACGGAGCAACUGUUGCACGGUAGGAACAUGCAGGCGAUUUCCUGGGUUUCGGGAUGGUGCACUGCAAAUCCACAUCACUGCUUUGGCACCGGUGGUGCUAAAACCGCAAGUACAAGGACGACAGUGACGACGUCCCUGACGGCACAUUCAUCUCGUAAAAGUGGACCAGGGAUGCUGCACUCGACAACUUCGAGAAAGCACGUGAUGGUGUCGUUGGUUUAAAUUGUUUAAAAGACCACCGAGAGAAGGGGAGCAAAUAUCUUAAGCUUUUACUUAUAUUUCUUUCUCUAAUUCCCGAAGAAGAAACACGCCGAAAAGGAAUGGCCGAGCAGCCUAUUUGCGAGCCACCAAUCAACAAAUUCUUUCUUUAGUUUACCAGAGAGCAAGCUCGGCUUUAUUUUAACAAUAAAUCACCUUAGAACGUUCUUUGAUCCUAAGUAAAAUUUUUACACAAAUUUUAUUCAUUUUUUACAAAAUUCUACGACGUCUCCAAAUUAAGACUACUGUUACAAAUUAUAAAUCGUUGAAAUGAUAAAACUGUUCGUGAAAGUAUUAUAAAUAUUUAUAAUUAGAACAUUUCCUCGAACUGGAUUUCAGUUUUUCUGCCGCAAUAUCUCUUUCACAAUUACUUUUAAUUUUCUGUCUUUCGGUAUCUCAUCGAGAUGUCUCAAAGGAAGAUAUUUUUCUCUCGUAUCGCCAUUUAAAUUGUGUCUUUUAACGAGCACAGACUUUAACCUACAUUUAUGAAUGCUUUAAAGUUUAAAUCCUUGGAGAAAGGAAGUUAAUGAAGAUAAAAAAAAAAAAAGAAAAGAAAAAAAAAAAAAAUAGAAAGGAGAAUCAUUAAAAAUGUUAUUGUAAUCGUUACGUGAUUUCUCUUUAAAAUUAACAGCUUUAAUGAACGCGAUACCGAUAAUUUGCAAUAAUAAAACUAUUAUCCUUUACUGUCUCCGUUUUUAUCUUACAAUUAUGCUAAUUUUUGUUUACCCUUCAAAAAUCGCUAAAAGAUGAAAUAAUAAAAGAGGAUGUAAAUAAAUUUAAUGUAAGAUGAAUGAGAUAUCGACGUUAUUAAAAGAAUAAUGUAUUUUUACGUAAACGAAACGUAAAAUGUCUUCAAAAGGAAUAAGAAAAAAGAGAAUAUUUCAUCAUUAAAUGACAUCCAUUACACAAAUAAAUAGAUGCGCGCGCGCGCGCGCACACAUACACAUAUAUACAGAGAGAGAACAAAAUCGAUUUGGUAUUUCAAAGCGAGCUCGUGGAAAUAUGAAAUUGACAUUUUCUUCGUCUUUUACAUGUAUCAGUGAAACUGGAUGGAAAAUAAAAUGCCCGAAGGUAUAUACCAAUGUGUACAUACAUCUAUAUAGAUAUAUACGUAAUAAUAAUAAUAUUAUAUAUAUAAAAUCUUUCAGCUUCGUGUCUCUCGAUAUAUAAAGAAUAUACAUACAUACAUAUUUAUUCAUAAACUGCAUCGCAAGUGAUAGUAAUAAUAAUAAUAAUAAUAAUAAUAGUAAUAAUAAUAAUAUUAAUAAUUAUUAAUUUAUUAUUAUCAGUGUAAUUGAAUCUCCAUUGACAUUAAAAGGGAUCUUGUAAAUAUUUCCGAGAAUAAAAUUGAUGAAAGAAUAAAAAAUCUCCUCCUCCAACAAAUGAGAAUGUUCCGAAAUAAUGAUUAGUUUAAAAAAAACUGUGAAAUAUUUUAAUUGAAAAAAUAAAAUUACAUUUUGAAAACUACUAGUCCCUUCUCUU